AUGGAGUUUCAACCGCAGACCCCUAAGCUUCCUAAGAAUCAAAGAGAAAGAGAUAAUCAAAAGCGUUUAAUAGUGGUACUAGAACGUGCCUGUCUAGAAACUGGGAAAGUUGGGAAGGAAUUUCAUUUAUUAAAUUGUGAUGAUCAUCAAAAUAUAUUAAGGAAAAAUGGAAAAAAUAUAGCUGACGCUCGACCUGAUAUAACCCAUCAAUGUUUGUUAACUUUGCUUGAUAGUCCUUUGAAUAAAGCUGGUUUAUUACAAGUGUAUAUUCACACUGAAAAAGGGGUUUUGAUUGAAAUUAAUCCUCACACCCGCAUUCCGAGAACCUUUAAGCGUUUCUCCAUGCUUAUGGUUCAAUUACUACACAAGCUUAGUGUUCGUGCCUCGGGUACUCCCGAAAAACUUUUGAAAGUCAUAAGAAACCCUGUCACUGACCAUCUUCCCCCAGACUGUCGCAAAAUCGGCACGACGUUCAAAGCUGAAAAGUGUGUUAAUAUUUACGAAUAUGUAACAACGUUACCCGUUGAUAAGCCCGUUGUUUUCUAUAUUGGAGCAUUAGCGCACGGCCAAAUCGACUUAGCUGGUUUAGAUGAUGUCGUAAACAUCUCGGACUAUCCUUUAUCCGCUUCUGUCGUGUGCGGAAAAGUGUGCUGCGCAUUUGAAAAUAUAUGGGGCGUGCUGUAGCGCUCUUCGGUCGCGUGGGGAGUUUCUCUAUUUUGUUAUUUUU